AUGAUUUUGCGGAAUUGGGAUGUGGAUUAUGAACUAGAUGCUGAUAUGUUUAGCCAAAUCCCAAUAUGGGUAAAGUUCCCCAGAUUACCUGUUAGAUACUGGUCUUUUACGACAUUGAGCAAGGUUUCCAGUGCUAUUGGGAUUCCAUUGGUUACAAAUAGAUUCACGGCUAAAGCUGAGAAAAUAUCUUAUGCAAGGGUCAUGUUUGAGAUGGAUAUCUCAAAAGUCCUGCCAGAUACUAUUUUUGUUGAAACCCCCUCUGGGCCUUGGAACCAAUCUGUUGAAUAUGAAUGGAGACCCAAAUUCAUUAAUAAUUGCAUUAAACUAGACACAUGGAAAAUGAAUGCUGGUUUAAACAUGCCUCAGAUGGGAAAAAAGAUACGACUGAAUCAGAAGGAUUGGACAUGA